UGUCGGAUUCCCCGGGGCGGAGGCAGAGCGGAGAAGCGGCUGCUCUGGCCGAGGGCGAAGGAGCGCAGCAUGAGUGGGAAAGAGCCGCUGCUGGGCGCCCUGAAAGUGUGCAUUCGCAGUCUUCAGGAAGGAACUAGCCUCUGUACAGACACUUCCCCACAUCUACAGCCCUUUUGUGAGAUCCUGGAAAUGAUUCUUCGGAAAGGAAUAAAGCAACCAGUUCUGGGUUUCAAGAAGAGAGACUAUUGGCAUUGGAUAGAACAGCUUCCUCACCAGGUGACCCAUCACAGUACGGCCCGUCUGUCAAUCCUGACUGAGGAAACGAAUUCUUGUGAGAAGGUGCUCACAGCACAAGGCCGAGGGCGGUACUUCCUGCGUCAGGCGUUGUGUGGGAAAUUACUGGCUGUGGCCAUUCAGCAGCUAGUCAGAGCUCCCAGGCUGCUUGAGUGGUAUGAUCCAAUGAUCUCCAUCCUUGGUAAUGAAGACCUUUUGGAGCCUUUCCUGUCUAUGAUGCUGGUGGUGGCAGAAAUUAGUUUCUCACUUGAUGUGCAGAAUUCCAGUUUCUUGGAUGAAAGCUGGCAGCUUCCGGUGUGUUUGACCUAUGAAACUGUCCCCUGCAAAGAACUAGGAAUGGUGCUCAGAUACUUGGAUGGACGGAUUUUCAUUAUAGACCUGCUUCCACAGAGCCAGGCAGAAGGGGAUGAGGUUGUGCUGGUUGGAGAUGUCAUUGAUGAGAUAAAUGGAUUUUCGUUGAGGAACGCAUACAAUGGACAGGCUGGAACUGUGCUACAGAAGCUAAAGGGCAAGCCACUGAGCUUCCGCCUAAUUCGGUGGAAAUGGCACGACGGAGGGACAUACAAGCCACUGCUGCCCUAUCUGAAAGUUCUCAGGGAGAAAAUUCCCAACUUCCAACUCCAGCACGAACACACGCACAAAGAACAGACUGAGGGUCGGUGCCUGCAGGGAGACAGGCUGCUGUACAAUUUACGGUACCUCGGUCAAGUCAAUGUAGGAAAGCAUGGAGGCAAAGAAGUGUUAGACCAAGGCAUCUCAAUGGUUUUAGAAAAACUUUUACCGCCACAGGAGGUUUUAUUUGAUGUGAAAGAAACAGAGGUCCUCAUGCAACAGAAAAUUUCUUCAAAGGUUCUGUCCCAGUACCAUUAUACAGACAUCUCCUGCGUGGGACGGCGUCUGGACAGCAACAAUCUCUUUGCCUUCUGUAUUGUAGUUUCACCAGAGUCUGCAGAUCACAGUAGCUUUGACUGUCUCGUGUUUCAAUCAAAUUCUGAAGAGGAAAGUAAGGAAAUUGUUCGAAGAAUUGCCGUUGGAUUUAAACACACUGAAUGGUUUGUGUGACAGAGAUGCACUGGCUUUGCUUCUGGCAAGUAACCUACUUUUUGGGACCUUGCUGGUUUGAAUGAACACUGUUUCAAUCGAUGAAGCCCUGCAAAGAUGCUCCCGGUAUUAAGGCACUUCUUGAAGAUGAUUAGAACUCUGCACUGAAAGUAUUUCAAAUAUAUCUUUUUAUUGAAGAAUUUCGAGCGUUUACUGCUUUUUCACAUUCGUGUUUUCAAAAUUAAUUCAGAAUAAAAUUAAGAUGAAACACACCUAGCUGCACGCUAUUUGACUGGGUACAGAGUUUCUGAGAAUAUGAGCUCCAUAUAGAAUACAUCUCUUAAAUCAGAGCACAUUGACCAAACAGACAUACGUGAUUUGAAACCAUGUCUCCCUAAAAGGGGGGCGGGGAGAAUCUUGAAUUAAACCUUUUGUUUGCCGUUUAAAACUUCAAAUCGAACAGCCACUGUUGGGAUUCACUUACAGGUUUUAACAGCACAACUAUUGCUCAGUAAAUUUUCUAGGCUACUCAGCAAUCCUUAACAUCUGUUUAUCCAGUGUAAACCACAGUGACUGGAAGUUAAAUGCUCUAUGGUUAAGUUACACACCAAGUAAGCGGACAGGUCUAGCCUGGUUUGCUUAAGAGAUAAAAGCCAAGAAGGUAACAAGGCUGUUUUCCCCACAUCAAUGACAAGACUCCUUAAUUGAAUGUAAAACAUUUAAUUUAAAAAUGUCGACACUACAAUAUAUAAAAUAGCUAUUAUAAAUGCACAUAGUGUAUUCUAUAGCUGCCAGGUUCACGUUUUUAGGAAACUGUAAGUUACACUGUGGUUAAGACUUGUAGUCUCACCCUCCCUUAAAGUCCACCCUCUAUCACAGUGAUGUAUGGUCAGACUUAACAGCCCCAAUUGUUAAACACUUGGAUCAAGUUAUAACCAGUUUUAUUGCAAAAAGAACCCUGUACACAUUUAUAUCAAUUCUAAGUACCUUACAAUUUUAGCUACCCAACAAGUCAUUAACAUACAGAAACAUGCAUGAAAAGCAAGAAA